CUUUGUUUUUAGCUAAAUAAUUGUGUAAUCUACUGCUAUAUUUGAGCUACUUUAGCUACUAGUGUUAAGUAGCUGUGAGCACAUUUUAGGCUGAUACCUAACGCUAUAAAUCUUCAACUUUAUAGAUGACUCAAAAACAAACUGAUUAAGUUAGCUAGUCUUUAGAUAGCUAGAGGGGUAGCGGAAGUGCCCUAGUAAAUCAUAGCCAACAGCAAAAAAGAAUUGUAGAAAAAAGUGCAGAAGGUCAGUGGAUGCAGCAGGGUCAGUCCUGUGUUGAAAGUGGUGGAGAUGGUGGUGCCAGUAGAGGAGAUGAGAACAACAGUACUCGUCCCCAAUCCCACCCUGAGGCUAUUGUCUAAAGAGAAUGGGGCAUCAAAUGGAAGGACGCAUGGAGAGCCGAAUUUAUUCAAGCAGGACGUGAAGCAAGCUACUGGCAAGGUAAAACACUCUGAAAGCAAGCAGCAUGUGUUUACUCAUGGUCUUCAUCACCUACAGCAUUUCUCCUGUGACAGCCCUGUGCGUUUUAUGAUGUAUUCUGAAGCUGCUGCAGCAUUCAUUAGCCUCCAUUCAGACAACACAGUUGGCCUUUACAUAGCUGAUGGCAACAAGCAGACUUCCUUAGCACAACUCCCUUUCAUGGGCCUGACCGCCACAAAGAUCCCAGGCGCUCUGGUGGGUUGGGGCCCAGGGCCUGUCUUCACACUUCUGGAUAGUGAGUUACGCUCCAUGGAUGCUGCCCACAAUGCCCUGGACAUACGUGUGUGUCAGGCUGCAGAGCACUCCACAGAAUUGGUGACUGCAGGUGAGGGGAACGUGUGUGUGUGGUCCGUGAGGCUCAUGUGGUGUAAGGUAAAGAUACAGGAGGGGCUGCAGCACAAAACUUUCACUCAAAUGGCGUUGGCUCCCCCACGAUCUGACAGGCCCCACAGAGCCUUUGUUGGGUGUGGUCAGGUCGUGACGUUGGUCGACCUCGAUGCCGGGAAGGUUUUGGAGCACAAGAAGGAUCUCUGCUCACGAGAUAUCACUGCAAUGGUGUACUGCUCUCAACUGGACUGUUUGAUCACUGCAUCUCAAGAGCUCUCCAUUAGAAUAUGGGGUCCAGAUUGGGAACUUCGUGUGGCUUUUGUAGGACAUAAUGGUAUGGUGAACUCUCUGUACUACUGCUCUGCAUUAGGCAUGCUGUUAUCAGCCUCUGUAGAUUGUACGAUUCGUUGCUGGAACUUGGAAAAAGGUGAUGUGGUCGAGUGUGUCCACACAGAGCAGACAAACCCUGCGUUGUGCAUAGGUGGCACUAAAAAGGGAGAUACUUUCUUCUCCUUCUCUCACCAGGGAGUGGAUGUCUGGACCUUCAGAACCUUGUACACCCUUCACUGUAAACUCAAAGAGGAUGAAGGAGCCCCACUGAGACAAAUCCUAGCCUCCCCCUUUCCUGCUCCUUACCCUACACGAGUCCUCUGUUUGAGUGGUUACAGUGAUAUCAUGCUUGUGGCUGCAGAAACAGGAGCAGUUUUGACUUCAUUCAAGGCAGAGCAGAGGAUUUUGUGUGCUGACUACUGCCUGCAAAAAGAGAUUCUGUUGGCUCUGACUGACACAGGCACGGUGCUCCAAGCCAACACACUCACUAAUCCAAUCACUUUGAUGAAAGAGUGGAAGAGGAGUGGUCAGGGGCCCUGGAACAGUACGGACCAUGUGCGUGAGUAUGACACCCAGAAUCUGCCCAUCCCUGGCCCGGCUUUCUGCCUGAGUCUCUACAGUUAUGUGGUUGAAACACAGGGAGCUCUAGAGGAGUGGAGGAGUUUGCAGGAGAGAAGAGGAUGCAGUCACAGGAAUGAGGCCGCUCUCAAUGAUGCCAAGAACAGGUUUUUAAUCAUUCUCGGCCAAAGUGGAGGCUGUGUGAGUGUUCUGAAAAUUGAUAAUGGGAAGGUCUUGCAAAGGAUGCCAGCACACAAUGGCCAGAGAGUCACCGCAUUGCAGGUGUAUCCUGAGAACGGUUACCUCCUCUCCACAGGUGAGGACAUGACAGUGGUGGUGUGGAAAGUUUACCCCUACAUCCAGGAGUGUCUCACCCAACUGCUGAGCCUGCACGGUGGCCAGUCUCCAGUCUACCUGGCAGCACUAGGGCCCAAGCUGGCACUGACCUUUCAAGAGCCCAACAGUGGCACCUACAACCUGAGGCACUUUAACCUACUCAACCAGAGUGAGACAUCCCCACCCAAGGAGGGACAUUCAGACCCCUUCACAGGAUUAUGUGUGUGUCCUGAUCUAGAGGUGUUUGUCUCCAGCAGUCUAGAUGGGUUAGUGUGCAUCUGGAAUGAGGAGAAUCAACUCAUCAGCACGCUGGACCUGAAUGCAGUGCCUGAGUGUCUGGCUUACAGUGGGUUUGGAGUGGAACUGUUCCUUGGCAUCGGAGGAGAUCUGUACAGGAUGAAUUGCGCAAAGUUCCUGCCACACAACUUUCAGAAAAUGCUCCUUUACACUUAUCGUGCUGAGCCCCUUCCUGACAUGCCUAUCAUCGAGAAUCAAAAACAUUCCUGCAAAAUAAAGAAUGCAAGCCCCGGCAGAGAUGAGGAAAAGGAAUUGCUAGCCAUCACCAGCAGACAGAAGCAGUAUGUAAGCUCAGUGACCUUGGACAUGGACAUGGACAUGGACCUUGCUGCACUCCUACAAGGCUCAGUAAAAUGCCAAAAAGGGAAACCGCCCAGUACAAAGGAAACCAAGAAAGAGGCUUUUGAUAAUUACAUGAAGAUAAUAUAUGGGUUGCCCCUGAAUAUUAAGGUUGAUUUGGGCGACACCUUUGACCCAGAUGAACUUGAGAUACCAUAUGACGACAAGCCCUGGAUCCUUCCUACCUUACAGAAGAAAGUCCACCAUGAUGCUAAAUUAAAGGUCCCUGUGAAUGUGGAGAAAGAGAAGGAGGAAAUGGCUCCAACAAAGGGAUCUAAACCACAGACAGCGAUAAAAGUCAAGCCAGGGCCUGUUGACAAAGUCUUAACCAAGAAACCUGUCAUAGUGGAGAAGUAUGAAGAGCCUCCAGAGAUACUUUCUCCAAUAGAGCAACCCAAACCACCUCCUCCCCGUCCAAAGACCACAACACCACGCAUACAACCACUUCCACCCCCACCCCCACCGCCACCACGGGAACCCAGCCCUGAGGUGCCAAUGUUUCUCCAGCAGUUUGUAAAUGCAGGCUGGUUUAAAGACCUGUAUCGUGAUCACAAGUGCAUCCCAAGCACCCUGUCUCCAGAAGACUUCUCUUUGCAGCUGCUGGGCCGUCUAAACAACUGCAGCGCUACGUCUAAGAGAGAAAUCCUUGCUGCACUGCAGGAACUGCGCAGCCAGGGACUCUUACAGAAUACAGACGAGUUUUACCAAGGCCUCACUGACCUGGUGCCUGGGUUUGUGAGACCUCACAUGUCACCUGCGCAACGGGUCAUGCUUGUUGAAACAUUGACUCUACUGGUGCGUCUUAGGUCUGCCAGCCAUGAGCUUGUGAAAAAGCUUCUCACACUUCUGGCUUUUAAAAAAUUGGGUCUCCGAGAAACACUGCUGCGCAUGCUGACUUCUUUAGCUGUAAACGAGGCCGAGCAGUGGUUGUUGCCAGAGCUGGAGAGCUGGGACUCGGAGCUGCAGGACCCGCGGGACAUCUGGAAGAGCCUCCAUGACAAAGCAGACUCUUGGCUGGAGUUAUGGAUCUCCAAAUACAAAGAACAUAAUAGGUUACUGUACCUUAAGAAUACAGCAAAGUGGAAGCCGUCAACCUUCAGCAUGGUGGAUGUGCUGAAUUAUUUCUGCUGUGUCCAAAAAGAGGAGUACAAAAAGGCCCGAUAUGUUGCACCUGCUGGUCCCAAAAGGACAGUUCUUCUUCCCCUAUCUGACUGUAGUUCUAAACCAAUCCUUCGUCUAGGAGAGACUUACAGCAUGGCCAGGGUACGGCGUCCACCAGGUUUAAUGCUUCCACCCUUGAGAAACCGCCCAUCCCUCAUGCACUUUCCCAAUUUCAUCUCUUUGCCAAUAUCGCGGGUCACUCUUCGCCCCUUUCACAUCUACUCGGACAAGGACUGGGUAAAGGCCUCGCCUCGCCGCUACUUCAUUCCAGAGCAGUCAUAUGUAGAGUACUACAGAUGAUGCCCUUUAGCCUGUAUCACUCCCAUUAACACCGGAUGAGCCAUAACAAACAUUAGUUUGAAAUAUGUUCAUUAUUGACAGUUAAAUGACUCUUAAAACUUUUCUUCAAAGCUUUUUGACUGAUUUAUUUUGUGACAGUAUGUAAAGACAUGUGGUAUGAGGGUGAUUUGGUACACGCAUUUCCUGUGAUGAUUUGAUAUAUACAGUAAUUUGGACAAAUACAUUAAAGCAUAGUCCUUGACAUUUUAAAACAUAUUCAAGAAAUACAGUGACAAUUAUGUCAAUUAGGAAAAGACAAAGUACAUUACUCAAAUUGGUAAUGUAUGUAUUUGAAAUAUUUUGCAGUUACAUUCAUUUUCCUGUUUAAGGAACAAUUAUGCAAAUAUACAAAAUACUUGGCAACCACAUUGCAAACCACUGUCAAACUUAGUACUACUUAGUAGUAUGUACAUGUAAUAAGUGAUUAGAUACUGAAUAUGAAUGAGUGCCUUGCAGAAAAGAGCACUGCUUCAAACAGAAGGAUAUUAGUUGUAUUCUAACUGUCCUGUUCAUCAGAUUAUAAAGCACAAAGUCAUUUUUGGUACAAAACCAGCAUAUGCAACAAUUGAACAUUACACAACAUUCAACAAGUGAACUUAUUAAAGUCACUUGCACCAUUAUAUUGAAGCAUGGCUUAUCACUGUCCUCCCAAAGGAUUAGAGAUUAUCGUAUCUCCAUGUGUCCUUUUGUCUGGCAAACAAAUAUAAAAAAUUGAACAUUCCUUCCUGGAAGGAAAUACUAUCUCCCAACCAUAAAAA